CCACAGUCAGUGUUGAAAGUUGAAGGAGGUGGUCUGAAGGUAACUCGUAAUUCUUCCCACUUUAAGAAGCUUGACCGAGACCAUGCAGACCCAGUAUCAGCUGACACCAGCUCAAGUGCAGACCCAGUAUCAGUUGACACAAACUCAAGUGCAGACCCAGUAUCAGUUGACACCAAAUCAAGUGCAGAACCAGUGUCAAUUGACACCAACUCAAGUGCAGGCCCAGUAUCACCUGACACCAACUCAAGUGCAGACCCAGUAUCAGUUGACACCAACUCAAGUGCAGACGCAGUAUCAGUUGACACCAACUCAAGUGCAGACCCAGUAUCAGUUGACAUCAACUCAAGUGCAGACGCAGGAACAGUUGACACCAACUCAAGUGCAGUCCCAGAGUAUCACCUGACACCAACUCAAGUGCAGACCCAGUAUCAGUUGACACCAACUCAAGUGCAGACGCAGGAUCAGUUGACACCAACUCAAGUGCAGACCUAGUAUCAGUUGACACCAACGCAAGUGCAGACCCAGUAUCAGUUGACACCAACUCAAGUGCAGACCCAGUAUCAGUUGACACCAACUCGAGUGCAGAGCCAGUAUCAGUUGACACCAACUCACGUGCAGAACCAUUGUCAAUUGACACCAACUCAAGUGCAGACCCAGUAUCAGUUGAUAUCAACUCAAGUGCAGACCCAGUAUCAGUUGACACCAACUCAAAAGCAGACCCAGUAUCAGUUGACAUCAACUCGUGUGUAGACGCAGGAUCAGUUGGCACCAACUCAAGUGCAGACCCAGGGUAA